AUGUCCGACCACAAUGACCCCAGGCCAUUGACUUCGGCGUUUGAAAGCCCGACAUAUGGAGAGGACAGUUCCUUUCACGUGGACCAACCAGUUGGUUCUAUGUCAAUAUCGCCAUGCGGUCGAGACGUUGUACUAGCCUCGAAGGAGGGCCUUCACAUUAUCGACUUGGACUCCCCAUACUCCCCGCCUAGAUAUCUUCCACACCAUACACCCUGGGAGGUGGCGGAUGUUCAAUGGUCGCCGUUUGCUGCUCGAGACUAUUGGGUCGUGAGCACUUCGAACCAGAAGGCGUUGGUAUGGAACCUGGCGAUGAAGAGUUACCAAAACUCUAUUGAACAUGUCUUGCAUGCACACACCCGGGCUAUCACGGACAUCAACUUCUCUGCGCAUCAUCCUGAUAUCUUGGCGACAUGUGCCGUCGACAGCUUCAUCCAUUGUUGGGAUCUCCGGGUUACUUCCCGGCCGGCUAUCUCGUUCUCGGAUUGGUUUGCUGGAGCAACUCAGGUCAAAUGGAACCGACAAAAUCCGAACAUAAUUGCCAGCUCCCAUGAUAAAUACCUUCGGAUUUGGGAUAAGCGAAUGGGUGCUUAUCCGAUUCGUUCUAUUGAAGCCCACGAUACCAAGAUUUACGGCGUUGAUUGGAAUAGGGUUCGGCCGGGGGCCUUAGCAACUUGCUCCUUGGACAAAACCAUCAAGUUCUGGGACUAUACUGUUGAGGACGAUGUACCGGAGAAGGUUAUUAAGACUCCAUUUCCUGUUUGGCGAGCACGGAAUACGCCUUUUGGCUGGGGUGUUUUGGCUAUGCCCCAGAGGGGGAACAGUGAUCUCCAUCUUUACAGUCGCAGGGCUCCGGAGAGCGCGGAGUCUGACGGUCAUCUUCCCCCUGUGCAUAGCUUUCCCGGCCAUAAAGGCCAAGUAAAAGAGUUUCUCUGGAGGGCGCGCGGUGAUGUUGUUGAUGGUAUCGACCACAGGGAAUUCCAACUAGUCUCUUGGGGCACGGAUAAGGAACUGCGCUUACAUCGAGUUGAUCCUGAUGUCCUACAAAGAGUUGGUUACGAGAAGGGUAAAUCGUUCAUAUCCAAUCUGAACAUUACCCGGAAGGGAGCAGUUUAUAGGAGCUUUCGCGAUGAGAACGCUGGCCUGGAACCUGAGGAAGAUGGUGCUAUGUCACCAGCAUUCGAGGCUCCUGCGCCUCCUCCCUCUCGCGGGCCCGGUAUCAAUACCAUAUCAAUUCCGUACGCUCCCGCCUGGAUACAAGGGGGGAACGCCGACUCGAGGAUUGGGAUGAAGAGUAGAUCCGGCUUGCGGGCUGAUACAAAUCCUAUUUCUUGGAUGAGGGGUGUGAAGAUAUCUGGAUGGGAUAUUGAAACUCUUGGAGACGAAAUCACCCACGUGGGUGAAAAGUUCACAAAAGUGGCUUUUGAGUCAGUUGAUAUCAGGCGGCGGAAGGCCACAAUAUCCUUGCAUGGUCCAUGGGGUAUUGAGGGGUCUUCGCUUUUCAUUCGAGUGGACAUCAAAUUCCCGCCGGAAUAUCCUAAAGAUGCGGUUCCCACGUUCAGCGUACAAAAGACUACCGCUGUUAGCGACGAGCUCGCUAGCAAGGUCAUUGCGGAGCUACAGACUAUCUCGGAGACGUAUCUGUCACACAAGCGAGGCUGCCUUGAAGGGGUUGUCCGGUACCUUUUAGGCGAAAGCAGCCUUGAAGAAAGCAUCGCCUGGAUCUUGGGAGAAACAGCGGAAGCAAUCAAAUCACCAACCAAUGGCCACGUUGGGGGCGAUGAGUCCAGUGACGAGGAUGAAGUUGGCUUAUCACAGAGUCAAGACUUAGCAAUGAGUUCAGAACUGAUUCGACCUGUCAAUGCGAACGUGAUGGUUCCCAGGGCCAGGGAGUGCGGGGCAGUCUGGAGCAAUGACGGUCGUCUAGUAUGCUUUUUCCCGACGAAGAAAGAUAAAUCGGCGUAUUCUCUUGAAAACCUUGGGUUCAAGGAGAUGACGAGACUGUCGAGAUCUGAUAACCUCUUUGAGAGAUUCGGACGGUUUGAGACGAGCUCACCAGGGCCACGAAUAACGGGGACUAUUGCAAGCACUGACGAUGGCCAUUCCGAAGACUCCGAUGACUCUGAAGCUGAGACAUCGAGCUCUUCUGGGUCAUCAGGUAUCUUAUCCGGGCUUCAACACCGGUUCCCCACACCCCAGACAUGGCGCAGUGCUGGUAGUCUUGGGUUUUACCGGCCACGCUCGACAGACAAUUCUCAGAGAUCAACUGUCGGCGCGAUGACUUCACAAUCAUCUGACGCACCGCAGAAUGUUAUCUCUAUACAUGACCUCAGUGAUCUAUUGCCGGCCAAGCGAGAGCUCGCCAGUGGAUACCGUAUAUGUGGCAAGGUCGUUGAUGUGUGUGCUCACAAUGCAGCGGUCGCUCUCGAUCAUGGCUACUACGAGCUGGCUCGUAUAUGGGGAUUGGUUAAACUCAUUUUGCAUCAGACAAGAUCAUUUCCAGGUUCAACCAAAUCUAGCAGGACUUCGCGCAUCCAGCGCAAAGACAGCGCAGUAGACCUGAGCUACGACGCUCUCCACCCCGCGAAGACAUCCCGUGAUACAGCAAAUGUCGUUCAAUGGGGCAACCAUCCCUUUGGUGGCCAUUGGCUCAUCCCAGCUCUUUUCGCGCACUUCGAACAGAUAGGCGAUAUACAAAUGGUCGCAAUGCUGUCUUGCGUUCUAUACGAGCCUAACCUAGAACGAACCGCGCCAGAACCGUCCCCAAAACAAGCAGAUCAUCAUUCUUUCCCUCUUGAUAUCUCUCAUAACGCCACCUUGGGUACGGACAAAUCGCAAGCGGUGACACCAUUACACGCCACGCCGAAAGAUAGCCAUACCACUCCGGGUACGCAGUAUUCGGGACGUUCGUCGUUGGAAAUCUGGCGAUCAGGCACGACUCCCCCUUAUUCCGCAGGCACGACGCCUCCUUUUCUUUCCCGUGCCGAUGGAUUAGGUAUCGAGCGGAAAGCAGUAACACAGAACCAGUCGUUGGCUGCUUCUCCAGAUCAACAACCACAACCGAGAAGCGCCUCGGGGUUCGGUUCUGCUCUUGCCUCCUCUCUCACCCGGUCUUUCAACACAUUCGCGCCAUCCUCAGCCUCACCACCUGCAGGUGACCUUCUUAGAAGGAGGUUUGCCCAGGUCGAAAGUCCUCGCACUGCCGUAGGAUCGGGGACAUGGACCCCCACCAACUCUACCCCUAAACCUGCAACCGCAAACCUAGAUAAUCUUACUACAACGGCGACAUCCGCCUCGCAAACCCACUCUGAUACAGAGAGUGAGAGGCCCAAUGCGAAGAAUGCAAAUUCGACCAAGAAGGUUCGCAUUACGCUGAAGAAUAAAGGCGCUUUUGAAAGCGAUAACUCUACGCAAGCCCUGUUUAUCGACCCAAAGAAAGAUCGACUGUAUCGCUCUUACCGCAUGGCUUAUGCGCAUCUACUCUCCAUAUGGGGAUUACCGGUACAGCGAAGCGAGAUGUUGAAGAUCGGCGACUUGGAGCAACCGAGUCCCGACGAUAUUCGUGAAGGAAAGCCUAGCGACCCCAGAGACUCGUUCUCACUUCCGCGCCUUCCUCGUACAGCUUCGCCCGAAGCCUUGGCGGACGAGGAUGGCAAAGGGCUCGGGAUCCAACGCCAUUGCAUUAGGUGUGGAGCUCCACAAUUAUCCAUAUUCGCCAUCCAAAGCACCGUCGACGGUGCGGUGACCGCUAAGAACAGCAAGACCAAGGGCGAUGCGACAGCAGUAAUAUGUCCCAAUUGCAAGCCCACGCGGCCACUGCCACUCAAACUUCCUUGCGCCAUUUGCCACGAAGUGGUCGAGGGCAUGCUCACGCCGUGUCUCGGGUGCGGCCACGUCAGCUGCUUUGACUGCUACCGCGAGUGGCUCUCGGUCGUUUCGACCGAACUGCAGCAGCAGGAUGACGAUAGCGACCAAGAGCUAGACUCUCAAUUCUGCCCUACCGGCUGCGGCUGCAAGUGCGCUGAGCACACUAUAACCGAUAUUCCGGCCCUUUCGGAUUGGAGCCGGGCUCCGUCUCCGGUGCACGAGAGCGAGAGCUCCAAUUCCAACUCGGGGUAUAGACAUCAGAACAGACGCGAGGGGUCAAGGUCCAUUGACGGUCUGGUUAACCCGAGUCAUGGUCAUGCUGAGGAUGACCUGGAGCAGUGGGGCGCGUCUCCAUUUGCUUCUCUUGCUCGGGGUCUCGGUGGAGGCCUUAGCAGGGGUUUGCGCGGGAAGGAGGAUAAGCGGAAGUCGAAGACGAGCUCGGCCUUUGUGCCUAAGAGGUCUUCUAUGAAUCAGGUUCUCACUUGA